GUGGCCGCCGCCAGCCAUCUUGCGUCCGGGCGGGAGAACGUUCGUCACGUCAAGUCGCCAGCGCGCGCGCGCUCGCUCGCCGGCCCGCCCCACCCGGCUCUCAGUUUGCUGCUCUUCAGUGUGGCGAGCGAGCGGAGCGGGACCAAAGACCAACAUCCUCGCCGCGCGGGACAGGGCUGUGCCGCAGGGAAGGGGAAGGAGGACCUGAAGCGCUGGUGUGUUUGGCAACUUCUGCCUCCUCAGCCCGGGUGCCUUGGGCCAGGCUCCAGCAGAAGACUCCGGAAGGUAAGCAGCCCACCCACCGCCCCUUGGUCAGGCUGGAGAUCUUUAAAUAGGGCUUAAUUUGGGGAAGGGGUGAGGUACUAGGUAGGACUGUAGGGGUGGGUGAGGAGGGACCACAUUAGUCCCCUUUCCUUGCCCCCACUGUUGUACAUUUCCUUCCAAGCCCCCAAUAAAGCCUGCUUCUUUAUUUGGGGAGGGGGUGUUAAUUUGUCUCGUGUCUGUGUGCAUUACAGUGCUAUAGACAGCACUGUGUGUGGCUCACAAAACAUAAAUAGGCUACUCUUGAGCCCACCCCUUCCUUUUUAAAAAUACUUGCCGUAAAGGCACUUCUUCUCCCCCCACCGUCAGAGUUAGGGCUUGAAUUAAACACACACAUACACGCAAGAUGCCUGGGAGGGUGAAAGGCAGGAGCAAAGUGGAAGCCAGGGGGAGGGCUGAUGCUGGUCGCGGUGGGCGACGCCAAGAGGGGCCUGCUCCCCGAGGUGUCUCCACUGCUGUGGCUGGGCGCAGGCUCCCCUUUCUGGAGGAGGGUAGUCCUUCAGCACAGCCGCUGGUGGCAGCCGAGCUAGAAUUAGCGGGGAGGUCCUCCCCUGUUGGGGAAGAAGCUCUUCCUGUGGCAGCAGAGGGGGAGGCGACUGUGUUGGCUGCUAGCCCAGCCGGAUCAGUCCCACCAUCCUCCCCACUUUGGAGUUCACCCCGCCAGUCUGAGACUGAGGAGGAGCAGGAGGAAUUCAUUCCGUUUCCUGGACCUUCUCAGCCCCAGACUGAGGGCACCGGCGGCCCCCAGAAGGAACCAGCAGUACCACCGCCACUGAAGCGGGGCCGGACGGGCUCUGGGGGCAGCAUGGUGGCGGACCACUUUGAGCUUGGCCCUCGGGACCCUACCCAUGCUGCCCACACCCACUGUAGGGCACAGGCCAGCCAGGGGAAGAACCCCAAGCGAUUUGCGACAUCGGGAAUACUGAGGCACAUGCAAAGGCGUCACCCGGGGGCCCCUGUUCCUGCUGGCAGCAGUAGGCCUGAGGUGUUCUCAGUGAGUGGCAAGGCUCCUGCCCCCAAGCUGCCUGCAAGGCAGCUGCAGCCAGUGAGCAAACCGUCCGAUUGCCCAAAGCCUCAACUCAUCACCCAGGCCAUUGCUGAGAUGAUUGCUUUAGACGACCAGCCCCUCCAGGUGGUGGAGAACGUUGGCUUCCGCCGGCUGCUCCAACAGCUUGCCCCUGACUAUGAGAUCCCCUCAUGUGCCACCCUCAGCAGGCGGGUGGUGCCCUCCCUGUACCGGGUGUGCAGGGAGGCCGUGUCAGGGCUGCUGCGCAUGGCCGCGCCUGACACAAGCGUGCACUUUGCCGCUGAUCUGUGCACCAGCACCAGCGGGCUGCACGCUUCUUUCCUGUCCCUCGCGGCGCACUGGUGGGGGCAGGAGAGCGAGGGGACACCUGUGGCUGGUGGCGUGGCUAGCCCCUCCCAGGCAGCCAAGCAAAGGUGGGUUCUGCUGCAUGUGGAGGUGUUGGACACAAGCCACACGGCAGAGGAGCUUUCGGUCACCGUGGAUCGCCAGGUGGAGGGAUGGUUGUCUGGGCAGCCAAACCUUCGCCGAGGGCUCAUGGUGACUGGCGAUGGUCUGAACCUAGCGAGGGCAGUCGAGCAGCUUGGGUUUGUGUCCAUCCGCUGUGUGGCGCACACCCUGAACCUGAUCGUGCAGGAUGCGCUUGGCCUUUCCGGGGGCCCUGGGAGUGCGAAGCCCCCGCCUGCUGCCUCCAUGGCUUCUCUUUUCGAGAGGUGCUGCAAUAUAGCCGCUUACUUCCACGAGAGCAAGAAGGGUCGACAGAUGCUCAAGGAGAAGCAGCUUGAGCUGGGCCUGCCUGAGCGCCUGAUCCCCCAGUAUGUUCCGGCCCAGUGGAACUCGGCCUUUCUCUUGCUCCAGUGGCUGCAGGAGCAAGAGCAGGCCCUCCACAGCCUGGCGAGGUGGCACGAUGUGAAAGUGUGCGACCUCUUCAUCAAGGAAUGGAUCCUCCUUUGCGAGGUGGUCUCCACGCUGGAGCCGUUCUUUACCGCCACCAACAACUUGUGCACCGAGGAGGCCAUGCUGAGCCUGGCUUUGCCCGCCGCGUAUUUCCUCGAGAAGACGAUGGGCCAGCUCCAGUCCACGCUGAAGACCCAGGAAGCCGUCGCCUUGGCAGGUCGGCUGAGGACCGGAGUGGUGGAUCGGCUCCGGACGCCCCUGAGUGCCUCGGCAGAGCAUGUCCUGUCCUGCCUGUGUGACCCCAGGAUGAAGGACAGAGCCGUCACCCCCGAUGAGCUGCCCCGCUGGAGGGCCCUCCUGGUUGAAGAGGUUCUGCGAGCCCAGGAGAGGAGGCUGGGGCCCGGCCAGGAGGCGGGUGCUGGAGGGCCAAGUGUGCAGGCCACCCCGAGGAGCAGCAGCAACACCGCCACCGCUUGCCGGUCCAGCAGCGUGGAGUACCCAGGAGGGCCGAGGGAGCCUCCGCAUUGGAGCGAGUGGUUCACUAAGAACUUAUAUAGCGUCUUGCCAGGGUUCCGGGAGUUGUCCACGGGGCCCCGCGGCCAUGCCGAGCGGUGUGUUCAGCAGUACUUCCUGGCGUCGGAGGCCGACCCGGAGACAGAUCCGCUCCAGUUCUGGGCGACACGUCGUCAAGUCUGGCCGGACCUGGCAGCGGUUGCCGAAAGGCUCCUCUCGUGCCCACCCAGCAGCGUCCAGAGCAAGAGGGUCUUCUCCAGGGACGGGGCGACACCCCAUUGCUCAGGCUCCGAGGCCGGCAUGGUGGAGCAGCUGGUCUUCCUGAAGGCCAACCUUCCCCUGCUGGGCUAUCCCGCGCUGGCCAUGGAAGGUGAGUAACUCACAGCCACCCCCACCCACUACAACGCCACUGGCCGUUUGCCCCCCCCCCCGGCUGACCCCCAAACCAAAUGUGUCACAGUCUGCCUGUUAGCGCUGCUGAGACACACACACACAUGCCACUGCCAUGGCCCAUGAUGAGAUGGACUGGCGCCCUGACUCGUGUGUCAGGCUGUCAGCCAGGGCCCAGCACCAACCUGAGGCCAUGGUGUUAUCCAGACACAGGCAGGCAGCAGCGUCACAGGAUAUACCCUGGAGAAGAAGAGAAAAAAAGAGGAGUUCUCAUGGUGAGAGUCGAGAAACGUUGUUUCUGGUCAGACCAGUGGUCUGUCUUCUGACAGCUAAGCUGGCCAGCACAUGGCUGCUCUGCCCUUCUCUGUCUCUGUGGCAGGAAGGAAGGAAGGUUUGAUUUUGUAGUUCUCUCAGCUCUGAGUAUAAUAUGCUGUGUUCUUGCUGCUGUUACUAUUUGUGUUUGUUGGAUCUCAGAUUGACAAAGGCAGAACUUGGGUGCAUGCCUUCCUUGAGUUGUGGUUUGUUUUGUUUGUGAGAUCGUGUUGUGGCAAGAAAUGGACAGUGGCAGGUAUGUGUGUAAUAGUUCAACUUUUGCCAACAAUGUUACUGCAGCACAGGCACUGUGGCUGGCAGUGGUUUCUGGGUCAGUGAUUCAUUUUUGGACUGUGUUCGAAAAGUGUGUUCUGUGUUGGGAGGGGCAGAUUCCCUUCUGCAGUGUGUUUCAAAACAGUUGCAAAAUGCAUUGCAAAACUUGUGUGGCACUCUUGAGUGCUGCUUGUUCCGUCCAUAGGGAACAAUGGAGAAAUGCAAAACACCUCGUUGUUCCCCAUGGGUAGCUCCUAGGGUCACCAAAGUGGGUUGGGUGGUAGGUCAUGAUGGAUGCUGCCUACCCCCCAACCAUUUUAAACAAAUGGUUUAAACCAUUUGUUUAAAAUGGAAUAUUAAGCAAAUGUUUAACUCACAAAUUGCUGUCUGAUAUACUUACAAACAUGUAUAUUUAAGAACAACAACAAAACAAACCUUGUGCACUAACUGAUGGUUUGUUUAAAAGUCACAUGUAGAGAAUGUUGAUUUUUAAAAUGGAAAUUUCCUUUAAAGGCAAAAACAAACCGUGCAUGGUCUUCCUAUGUGUUUUGUGAAAACACUUCACCACUUGGUUUUUCUUGUUCUAUAAAACAUGUUUGUUUUUCUCUCGGCUGAAGAAGACCACUCCUCUCUUCUGAUACUUCAUCUCUGAGCUCUACUAAGGAGCUCUUUUAUUUUCUGAGAAGUGGGGAAGGGGUUGUCCUAUUUCUUUGCAUAGGUAUGUAUAUCUAUGGGAACUUGAGAAAUCCAGUUGGGUUUUUGAAGUGGGCAGUGAAACCAAUCUUUAAAAGAAGAGAGACUUCUGUUUUUUUCCUUUUGAGGGAAAUUAACUUCCAUUUCACACUGCUUCUCCCACCAGUUUGCUAAUAUUCUGUAUAAGGAUUUUUCAAUGAUUGGACAUCUGGAUCUGUAUAUAUAUUCAGAUCUCUAUGUUUUCUCUAUACUUAAGAUAUGUAAGUUGCUUUUAGAUCAUGUCUUUUACAAAUGCUCUGUACAAACCUCAGACAUUUUGAGACUGAGAAGAUAUCUGUUGCUUUCUAUUUUGGUCUUGUUACAUUAUAAUGGCAUUAAUUUUAAUCUGUAUAACCGAUGGUCUAGAAUUUGGUAGAGAAGUCCCCUUAAUUGUGGGAGCAAGGUGUUGCAGACACAAACACAUUAGGUGUGGGGUGGGAGUUGGUGGGAGACCCCUGUUGUCUUGCAAGUCAAUCCAGAAUUCCCAACACAGCCGGGAUUUGAGUGAGGAGAGAGGCGACAGGCCAGUCCUACAAUCUCAUCAGUGGGGAGAGACCUGGAGGGAGAAUCCAGUACCUCUGCCAUGCCUUUUGAUCAUCAUACCACCAACUUCUCAGCAAAGAUCAAGGGUGGCAUUGUGAGACCAGUCUGCAUUGACACCAGUACAAGACUGUAGACCUACAGACAUUAUAAAGCAAGUAGGAAUUACAGCUUACAUUGAAUCAGCAUGAAUGGAUUGUGCAUGUCCAUAAUCCAGGACUAUUGCGAUGUUACAAGGGGUGAAAAAAACACCUACUGCUCCUUGGCCUGUAAGCCAGGAAAUGUGGCCGUGAUGCAAAUGACUCCAAGCAUCACAAGACUAGGCUGUUGGAAUACCAUCUCUCCCUGGAAACAAGACCUGUUACACCAGACAUCUCGGGUGACUUUGAGCUGAAAUAUGCUGCCGUGACAAUCGCAGUGCUAGCGUUCCUGACAGAUUCAUCGGAUCACGCUUAGAUUGGACUCGUAUGGCUCCUUGCCUGGACAGCUAUUGGUAAAAAAAAAUUGGGCUGGAUCAAGGAGCUUUACCUGUGAGUUAUACAGCCUGCAGGUGAGAAUCUCUAUUCUAGAUGGAAGAAGCAGGUGAGCAGGAAAGUGGCUGGGCUUUGCAGUAUAAUCAACCAAAUGGUAGUUGUGGACAUUUGGGGAUCUGUUUUGUUAGCGUAGAUUCCAAUGGACCGUCCACUCGGUGCAGAGCUAUUCCUGGUCUUCCAGAGACGUUGCCUGACACCUGAUGCGUGGGUGUUUGCGUUGCCCCAUGAACGAGAGCCUGCCCGGCCACACCUCCACCUUCAGUGCCAACUUGUUAUGCCUGAACCAACAUCUGGAGCCACAUCUGUGUGAAUCCACUUACAUGUUUGGACCUACAUUUGGGCUUUACAAUCUUUUCCUGAUAUGGCCAAUAGACUGUGAGGAAAAAACACCCUCACUUGCACUGGGUUUGUCUAGCUCCCACAAAGCUGGUCCUCAGUGUGUCUGUCUUUGAUGCCUUCAAGUUUUGGAACCCAACGAUGCCAUCGUCUUUCCACUUCAGCUCUCCUUCCUGCAAGGCCUGGCCUCUCCAUCUGCAUCCAGAAACUCUGAACUGUAUCCAGGAACUCAAGCUGAAGAAAAGAAGGGGCCUUGGGACUAUUUUGGGCGAGUGGGGAUUGCCGUUGCGUUAAAUACAUACUGGGGGAGCUACAGCAGCUCCGUGGUGUAUUCCACCUGUGUGAAAGAGGGACUGGUUUAACUAUCUAGAAUUCUAGAUGGUUUUCUGCUCCUUGAUUCUGCUAUUGCUUUAAUGGGUCAAUCUAGUACAAAAACAUCACGUUAAAUUCUACGGAAGUGGGGGGGAGGUAACUUACUGGGUAUGCUCUCUCUAUUACAGCCUGCCAGGUGAUCUAGCAACAAUUUUCUAAAAUAGUUCUCGGGGAAACAGGAUGUGGCCAGCUGCCUUAAACUGUGUUUUUGUCUGCAAACACCAAUGCCUUAUCUAGUUGUGUUGUGGGUUGCUCUAGGAUGAUUGACAACGGGGAAAGCGGUUCUUUUCUCCCUUCUUUUUUGAUACAGAGCACCAGAUUCUAUUUAAAAUGUAAAAAUAUGAAUGGGUUCUGAAUUGCUUGGCUUUGGGAUUACUGUAUGGGCAUAGCUAAUACAGUAAGUAUGGAAGGAGAAGGGAGAAAGAGGGCUGCUUCUUUGGUAUGGAAUUUUGUUCAGCAAAAGGGCCACUGGGGCUUUGGAAUUGUAAGAGGUGUCCUCAGACUUCGCUGUAAGUCUGGUAGCCUUCAGCCAGCUGAAUAUCUCUGAAUAUCUUUGCUCCUUACUUCUCUGGAUGGUGUGAGUUCUGAAAUAAAGUUUUGCUAGAUAAGUACAA